AUGAUUAACAAUUCAUUUCCUUCAUCAUCUUCUUCUCUAAAUUCUUUUAAACAAAAAAAUUUAAAAGAAGAAGAACAACAAAAACAAAUUAAUUUUAAUGAAGAAAGGGAAGAGGAAGAAAAAAAUGGAGGUGUUUAUAAUUUUUGGAAAACUUCAACGAUUGAAAGAAAACAACAAAAAUUCAAUAAACUUUUUGGGCAAAAAUCCCCAGAACCUCCACCUCUACCAACAUGUUCUCCCCCUCCAUUGGAGUCUCCACCAGACUGGGAAACUCUCCGAACUCAAUUCAAAUUUGCUGUAGAUUUAGAUACUAAUCCAGAACGGAAAGCUAUUGUAAGGAUUGUUAGACGAUUUUAA